AUGGAUUUAUCAAAGAAUAGAUUAACUGAGGUUCCUACGGAGUUGUGCCAUUUUGUGUCACUGGAAACACUAAAUCUAUACCACAAUUGUAUUAAAAUUAUACCAGAUGCCAUAAUAAACUUGCAAAUGCUAACUUACUUAAAUUUGAGUCGAAAUCAGCUUUCUUCUUUGCCAGCUUGCCUGUGUGGUCUCCCUCUAAAAGUCUUAAUUGCAAGUAACAAUAAGCUAGGUUCCCUUCCAGAAGAGAUAGGUCAGCUAAAACAGUUAAUGGAACUGGAUGUCAGCUGUAAUGAAAUCACAGCCUUGCCACAGCAGAUAGGUCAGCUAAAAUCCUUAAAAGAACUAAACGUCAGAAGAAAUUACCUCGAAGUUUUACCCCAAGAGCUAGUUCAGCUUCCCUUGGUAAAGUUCGACUUCUCCUGCAAUAAAGUAGUUGUAAUUCCAAUUUGUUUUAUAAAGAUGGUGCACUUACAAGUAUUACUGCUUGAGAACAAUCCUUUGCAGUCUCCACCUGCACAAAUUUGUACAAAGGGUAAAGUGCAUAUAUUCAAAUAUCUGAAUGUACAGGCCUGUCAGAUUAAAACAGCAGACUCACUGUAUCUUAAUGCCAUAGAACAACAGCAUUUGUCACAACCCGUGGAAGAGAGCAUUGAUGACAUCUACCCAAGUAAAAAGGACUCAGAUUCAGGUGUUGGUAGUGAUAACGGUGAUAAACGUUUGUCAGCAACAGAGCCAUCUGAAGAAGAUACUAUCAGCUUUAAUGUUCCAAUGUCAGACAUCGUGGAAGAAGAUCAGGUUAUAAAGGAAGACUCAGGUCACCAUGCCAACUCAAGAAAAGUGGAAUUCCAUCAAGGAUCUUCUCACUUGAUUGUCAAUGAUAAGUCAAGAGAAACAGGAAACCAGUUUGAUGAAUCGGAUACUCUUACUACUGAAUUUAUGAGUUACAUUAAGAGCAGAGCAGCAGAGUGUGAUGAAUUAUUGAGAAUAGAAGAGGACACACAAUGGCAAACAGACGAAAUCAGUCAAAUGCAGAUGGAGAUGUCUUCCCUUGGUCAGAGGGAAAAUGCUGAAGAGGAAUUAGAAUUCCGGAGGAGGAGGGAGUUGAUUAUGGAGAAAGCAAAGCCUGAAGUGAGAACUUGUGAACAGGGUGAAAAAUGGUCCUUGAGUCAGAAUGAUCUAAUUGUUUGGAAUACAAGUGGGCAAACCUCCCACAAUGAGAACAAGAAUAAAAGUCCGACAAUGUCUCCUACUACAAACACCACAAUCCCUUUUGGCCUGAAGCCACGAUCAGUGUUCUUAAGACCACAAAGAAAUUUGGAAUCAAUAGACCCACAAUUUACAAUUAGAAGGAAAAUGGAGCAGAUGAGAGAAGAGAGAGAACUCGUGGAACAGCUACGUGAGAACAUUGAAACAAGACUAAAGAUUUGUUUGCCUGAAGACCUGGGAUCUGCUCUGAUGGAUGGUGUAGUUCUCUGCCAUUUAGUAAAUCACGUUCGUCCUCGGUCUGUAGGAAGUAUUCAUGUACCUUCACCAGCAGUACCUAAACUGAGCAUGGCCAAAUGCAGGAGAAAUGUGGAAAACUUUCUGGAUGCAUGCAGAAAACUGGGGAUACCAGAGGCUGACCUCUGCUCUCCGUAUGACAUCCUGCAGUCGGAUAUUCGUCACAUUCGAAAGACUGUUGACACUCUGCUCGCCCUCGGGGAGAAAACCCCACAAUCAACUUCUACCUUUCGCUCCUGGGAUCUAAUAGGCUUUUGUCUUUUCCACAUACUUUUUAUAGUCUUGAUGUAUAUAACUUAUCACUGGAAUGUGCUAACAGCAUAA